GGGUAGGAGUGGGAGGAGGAUCAUCUUCAGUGUGGGUGGUCCUGAGGAGGAUGAAGAUGUUUUUGAGGAUGGGUACGGAGGAGAAGAGGAAUGAGGAGUUGUUGUGUUUUGCGAAAUGGAAUGGGCGUUCCAUUCCGUAACGUACGUUUUUUUUUUUUUUAGCGCGCCUUUGCGCUGCUUGCUUGCUUGCUUGGGUUGCAUCGCGUCACGUCGCGUCGAGGCGGCGAAGUUGGCGUCGUCAUCUUCCGGAGGUCUUUUUUCAAUUUUUGGGUCAUGACUCCUCUAAUUUGCCCCCCCCCCUGUUAUGUCUCUGUUUACAUCGAUCUAUCCACUAUUCAUCGCAGCAUGCCAUCUUUUUCUCUCUCUUCCCCCCCCCCCUCCCUUUCCCAUUUUGUUUCCCACUCUCGCCACACUAUCUCUUCGCAGAAUGAUUCUCGCUUUCUUGUGUGAUCUUUCUGGACCUUGUGACUCGGACACCUUCGUAACGUGGACAAUAUUGACACAAUUGCUUUGUUUGUCAAGUUUUGUUUUGUGGUAUUUUUUUUUUUCUCCUUUUUCUCAUUUUCCCAAUAUUGGCGUCAUUCAUCCCGUCCUCUGCCCAUCGCCAUCUUUUUUAUUGUCAUAUUCUCGAACCUGGAUUUUGCCUUACACCUUGUCUGUUUUUUUUUUUUUUACUACUACUACUGGCCACCAAAUUAGUCAUCGAUGAACAACAUUUUUUUGCAUUGUUUUGCCUGCUUGCAUGUACAUUUGGAGCCAGUUCCGGCAAGGGAGUUCUUUUUUUUUUCUUCAUCGUACUAUGUAUCACGCAUUUAUUCUAGCCAUGAAAGCAAGUAUAGUAUUUCAGCCCAG